AGCAGCCUGGAUGGCGGGUACGCCAGUGAGGACCACAGCCAGCCCUGGAGCGCGCUGCCCGCGGUGAUGGCCAGGUUAGGGCCCCUGCCCUGGGCCGAGUCGCUGAGCCCCCUCGGGGACAAGAAGGUGAAAGGCGAGGCGGUAGCGAGCAGCGGGGCGCCGGCAGCGGCCGCGGGCCCGACCAAGGAGGAGUCUAGCAACAGGCGUCUUCAAGGUAGGAAAUCGAGAGACUUAAUACAGAUAAAACUACUCGUCAUUAACGGAGCUGGAAAGGCACCCAACAGCAGAAAAAUGUGGAAAGCUUUGGAAUUUCAAGCAAGAUAGGCUGCAGUUUUGAGCUUUUUGG